AUGACUGAUGAAUUAGAGUUACAGCUUCUGAACCAAUAUGCCCCGAACAAGGAACGAUUAGCGAUAAGAAUUGCAGCGCUGAAGAUCAUAAAGAAAACGAUAUUUUGUGCUCUGAAAGGAAUCUAUGUGACAAUAGCUGAAUAUGGAUCUCUACCUCUCAAAACCUUUUUGCCUGAAGGUGACAUCGAUUUGACCGUUGUAGUUCCAGAAUACCAAGGAGUGAAUAUUACUGAAUUUAUAUUGGAAAGGGUCAAAGCGCAGUUCGAAUAUAUUUCGAUUCUUCAUCCUGAGUAUAGCAUUAGCGAUUUACUAGAAAUAAACGCGAAAAUAAGAUUAAUCAAACUGAGGGUUUGCGGAAUUCCAGUUGAUAUUUCAGUUAACCAACUGGGAGGAGUAAGAACUUUGUGUUUUUUGGAAGAAAUUGAUAGAUUGUUUCCAGAUCACUUCUUUAAAAGAUGCAUAAUUAUAGCAAAAGUUUGAGCAUACUAUGAGAGUAGAGUGCUAGGUUCUAUGCAAGGAUUAUUAUCUACAUAUGCACUGGAAAUUUUAGUUCUAUAUAUUAUUAAUUGUUUUCCUGAAUCCAGGACUUCACCGCUACACGUACUAACUACAAUGAUUAAUGUCCUUGCAGAGCACGACUGAGAAAACGAAAUAAUAACUUGCUGUGGAUCAAUGUCAGCCUCAAAGUAUGUCUUAGCACUCCAGAACUGUGAACACCCAGAGCAUAAAGUUGACAAAUCUUUAAAGCAUCCAAUUUUAUCAUUAGUACUUCUUCAAAAUCUCCAAAGCGAAAUAGGAACAAAUGAAGGUUUCAUUUAUCCCCAACUAAAGCUCAUGAACAUUAUUGAUCCUUUAGAUUCAGCCAAUAAUCUCGGAAAAAGCGUUUCAGUCGCAAAUUUCAGCAAAAUUCAAAUCGCUUUUAAAGCAGCAAGUGAAGUGGUAAAAGUCUAUGGAGUUUCUAGUCUCUUUAGCAAGCAAUUUUAUAAAAUUCAUAAAAUUGAUGCAAUUGUGAAUGAAGGCAGCUUUGAAGAAGAUAGCAAUAGCUAUUCUGACAACAAUCCAAAUAAAGAAUAUUUACCAUCUUUAAGUGCCAAUAUAUUCAGACUUAAAGAGAACUUAACGCUGUGCAAGUCAAUACUUGAUCCCGUGUAUGGCACAGCCUAUCAUUUUGUAAAUUCCGGGUUUUAA